CGUGCUGCCGCUGUCUGCUCGGAGCCUGUCGGAUACAUCCAGGAAUGGUGUAGAAUAUCAGGAAAAACAGCCAGGGAGAGCGGACACAAGGAUCAGCGAGGCUGCGAGGCUUUCACGUUAACGGCACAGGAGAGCCAUUCAGAAGAGCCGGGGGUCAAAGGUGAGAAGAGCAGAGGGCACCAUGGAGAGUGAGCCGGGGGCCCCUGCCUCCACGGCCAACAGCACCGGGACCACCACCACCACCACCACCUCCACCACAGCACCCCCCUCCUCCUCCAGCACCACGGCUGCCAGCAGUAGUAGUACCUCUAACACUACUACUACUACUACAUCUACCACGUCCACUAGCAGUAGUAGCAGCAGUAGUAGUAGUAACACUAGCAGUAUUGCCAGUAGUAGUAGUACUACAGCAGGUAGACAGGCGGUGCCUCAGAUAUCUGUUUACAGUGGGAUACCUGACCGACAAACAGUGCAGGUUUUCCAGCAGGCGUUACACAGACAGCCGAACACAGCAGCACAGUACCUGCAGCAGAUGUACGCCGCUCAGCAGCAGCAUCUGAUGUUACAAACUGCAGCCCUCCAGCAGCAGCACAGCCUCAGCACCGCUCAGCUCCAGAGCCUGGCUGCUGUACAGCAGGCCAGCAUUGCAGCUGGCCGGCAAAGCUCUUCACAGAACGGCACUUCAUCCCAGCAAACAGGAUCAACUCAGGCUACGAUCAACCUGACCACCUCCCCAGCAGCAGCUCAGCUGAUCAGCCGAGCCCAGAGCAUCAGCUCCACUCCCACCAGUAUUUCCCAGCAGGCUGUUCUGCUGGGCAGCCCAUCCAGCCCCACGCUCACAGCCAGCCAGGCACAGAUGUACCUGCGCGCACAGAUGGCUCAGCAGAGUAACCUGGUGCAGGUGGCCAGGAGCCUCGGCCGUGCCGUUCCUCUGUCGCCACAGCUCAUCUUCACUCCAACAGCCACAGUGACGGCCGUCCAAUCAGAGAGUUCCACGCAGGCCUCCUCACAGAAUCAGGUGCAGAAUCUGGCCAUCCGCGGCCAGCAGGGGGCGACCACGUCCUCUUCUCAGACUCAGACGCUGCAGGCUCUCAGUCUGAAGCAGAGCCCUGUGCCCAUCCAGCCUGCCGCACUCGUCAAGAACUCCAGCCAAGUCACGCAGACGUCCACAGGAGGGAAGGCGGCCUCCUCCGACAGUUCAUCUGAAGCAGGGAAGAAGGGGGACAGCGCAGCUGUCACAGAGGUCCGAGCUAUAAACAUGAGCCGCAGCGUCACAGCCGUCAGUGCUCAGCCCCUGAUUGCUCCAGCGUACACACAGAUUCAGCCCCACUCCCUGGUUCAGCAGCACAAGCAGCAGCAGCAGCAGCAGUUUGUGGUCCAUCAGAGCCAAACUUCCCAGAGGACCGCGGGCCAGCUGCUGCAGACGGCCUCCAUUCAACCGUCACAGCACCCGGUCCCCGUACUGCCCAAACCUGCUCCACACCAGCCCUCCACGCCCAGCCAGCAGGCCACCAUCUUCCACUCCACCAUCAGCCCCCACGCCCUCCACUCCUCCCUCAACCACGCCAAAGCUCAGCCCGUCCAGCUCACCGCCAUCAACCUCCAGAUACAGCCAACGGCCUCUCGACUGGUUCAGGACAGUAAAGAUAAGCCAACCUCACUGGUGGUCAGAGAGACGUGUCCGGCCCCCGCCACGCAGCAACAGCAGCCACAACAACAGCAGCAACCUGCGCCUUCGCCAUCACAACCCGCCAAGCCUGUAGAGCAGCCCAAGGUCGACUCAGCCGCACCAGCUGCUCAGCCACAAGCAGGCGGGGGCUCAUCCAAGAGGCCGAGUGUUGCACCUGGGACCCCACCUCCAGCCAUGACCUCAGGAAAUGAGAGUGAGGCGCCCACCGUGACGGGCAGCACGCCGCAGAACGGAGAGAACAAACCGCCCCAGGCCAUCGUCAAGCCCCAGGUCCUCACACAUGUCAUCGAGGGCUUUGUCAUCCAGGAGGGCGCAGAGCCGUUCCCCGUGUGUGUGGAGCGCCUGCCGAUCCUCAUCGACAGCCCAAAGAAGCUGGAUCAUCAGCUCUCCUCAGACCCAGACAAAACCCCCGUCAGCAACGCAGGAAACAGUGACUCUGAGCCCGAGGACAUGAACCAGCCAGCAGAAAAAGAGCAAGAACCCAAGCUGACGUGUGAAUACUGCGGCUGGGUCGACUUUGCGUACACGUUCAAAGGCUCUAAACGCUUCUGCUCCAUGGUUUGUGCAAAGAGGUACAACGUGGGCUGUACGAAACGAAUCGGCCUUUUCCGUCCAGAGAGGAGUAAACCAACGAGUCGCUGGCGUAGAAGAUCUCAGGGCCGCUCCAGUAUAGAAGCUAAGAAGCAGAAGCUGUCCCCCUCCCCGCAGCAGACUCAGGGCGGCUCUGUAUCAUCGCCGCAUCCCUCACAGCCUAGCCAGGAGGAGUCCAGCCCGUGUUCGGACAUGUCCAGCUACGAGGAGCCGCCGUCGCCCCUGUCAGCAGCCAGCUCAGGACCCCCACCUCCCGCUCCGGCGCCAGCCCAGGUCCCCGUCCACCGGCACCCAAGCAGGGCGUCAGACCAGGAGGGCUGCGCUGUUAGAGAAGCACCAUCGCUCCGUCAGCGCUUCUUACCCAACGACCCCACCAAGUGGAAUGUGGAAGAAGUUUACGAGUUCAUCCGUUCACUGCCAGGUUGUCAGGAGAUUGCAGACGAGUUUCGCUCUCAGGAGAUUGACGGACAGGCUCUGCUCCUGUUAAAGGAGGACCACCUCAUGAGCACCAUGAACAUUAAACUGGGACCUGCACUCAAGAUCUUCGCGCGAAUCAACAUGCUCAAAGACUCUUAGCAGGAGAGAGUGUGUGCCUCGUGCAUUGAUCUUAGUGUGUCUUUGUGUGUGUGUGUUUGUAAGCGUGUGAAAGAAGAGUGUGAAACUUUGGGAAAUGAUGUCAUCGUAGCACUGACAACAGACGGACUGCACUAUGGCCUCGCCUCUUCCCCACUACUGGACCGACUCCUUUAAAUCACAUUCAAACUCAUCUGUUGAGCUGCAUCAUUUAAACUUUGUCAUUCACAGGACUGAUGUUGUUUAUACGCCAGAGCUGCAGCUCAAACACUGGAAGCUGUUGAAUUGUGUUUACAUGCCCUUACAGGGGUCAAAAUCAGGAGCCACAAUGAGAUCUGUGCCAUGUUCCAAAAUGUUGAUUCUCACAUCAGAUGAUCUGAUUUACGCCUGCUUUAACAUGCAAGCUGUAUCAGACUUGGAUAAAGAACACAACAUUUAAACGGCAGGUGAAGUUUGCCUUUAGACUGCUGUUGGAUCCACCUGAGUUGGACGUGUGUUCUUGCCCACAUUGUGAUCAGAUCUGAAUGUGGAGUUGUCAGUGAGCGUCUGUCGCUCUAUUUUUGGUUUUUCCUGCAUUGUUGGCACCAGUUGACCCUUGUCAGUGGCUUUUUGGACAUUUCAGUAUGUUGAAUUGGAGACAGCGGAGUCUGUGGGUAAAUUAAAUUACUCUAAUUGGCAGUUCAGCUCAGAGCUCAAAAAGAGAAGUUGAAGUGAGGAAGAAGUCAAGAGGGAGUGAGAUCGAAACUUAUAUAAUAUUCGGGGAUGGGUUGCCAUUGAGCCUUUUAGCCGAAACAGGUCAUAAUUGUGUUAUUAUUCACUGGCGCACAGUACAUAUCUUUUGUUCUUUCAACAUUGGGUUGUGUUGUUUAUGUGCUCACUGGCUAACUAGCGUCUUAAAUCUGUCCUUUUCGGCCUCCUGGUUUUCCUUUUUGAAUGUUCGAUUACAGACUAACGCCGCCUGUUGCUAUGGAGUUAUUUUCUCUCAGGCAGGUGCAGAAUGUACAUACUUGUUGGCUGUAGUCUUUGCAGUGUGUUCAAGUCCAACUUUUUGGCCGAGAUACAGGCAAUACUAGGCCAACCAGAGUAAUGCAGUUAAGUGCUAACCUCUGAGGUUGAAAAAUGAAGCCAAUGCAAAAGUGCCCAAAACUGCAGUUCAUCAACUGGCCAUGAAAGGCUGCCUCCAAAACAGACUAAAUCCCCUGUAGACCCUUUUAAUAAAAUGUCCAACUUUACAGCGGAAGUAAAGUAAGUGGAAAAAUGGUUUUGGUCUGUAUAGCAAAUGUUUAACAUCCAUGACAACUGUAUGGGAUUUAAUUUAUUAGGCCUCUUCCAUUAAAUUCAAUUAAGGCCCAAAAUUACAUAUAUUUAAAGUGGAUUCGCUUCAGUGAGACCUUGCUCUCUGCAAGGCGACACUACACCCUGUGAGUCAGCUACAAAGUCUUGUCCAAAUAUGUUCACUUCUGGCUCCAAAAAUCAAGAUCGCGAUGGCCAAAAGGCCAAACUGGAGGCCUCAAAAUGGCAGUCCACAAACCAGUGGGUGACGUCAUGGUCGCUGCUUCAUUAUGGCUCCAGUUUAGUUGCAUUCUCAAAAUAAAAGAAAGUUAUUUUUAAAAAAUCAUCCAACUAAGCUGCAUAUCAUAAAGCCACACAUCACUCUUUCCUCUAUGAAACAAAAAUAAGUCAAGCAGAUACAGAAGCAUUGCUGUCCUUGACCUGAGACAUGCCGUGUAGCUAUUUUAUUAUAUUAAGAUCUGAUAAAAGCAACAGUUAUUAAUGUCUGGUGUAGAUGCAAAGGUCUUUAUUAGAUAUUAUCCAGAUACAGAUUCCUCAAUAAUAGCAGCUGUAAACGGGGUCUCAGAUUUAGCCCGAGAAAAAAAAACGUAGUUUUAUGAAAAAUGGAGAAGGCAAUAAAGAGGGUUGAAAGAACAAGUCAAAGUGCACAACCUGCUCAGUUACACCUGGGCUGGGUCAUAUUUCAACACAGUCGUUCUGAAUUAAGUCAUUAAGACGAACGUGAGUAAAAUCUGAAUUUAUUAUUAUUAUUAUUAUUAUUAUUAUUAUUAUUAUAAUAAGAGAUGUUUUUGUACAGUUUUGUUAGUGUGUGAAUGAAAAAGCCAUUUCUCUUUGUGUGGCUGGGAACAGAAGAUUGCAUUCAUUAAUUUUCUCAUUUUUAUUCAGCAGAUGCUCCUUUGCCUUUUCUCACAAUAAGACUCUCACAGCCUUUGAAUACAAAGCUUGAAUGCAGAGAAAACGUUUAAGCGGUUUCUUUUUGUGACAUUGAUUUCCCUUUCAUGAGGAACUCGCCAGUUUUUCUCCUGUAGAUUUUAAACUACUUACAAAUGAUUUUUCACAAUGAUUUACUAAAAUAUGACAUUGAUUUCUCGACUCGGCUUCAUAGAAGGACACUAAGUUAUCUGAGGAACAGUUGGGGCGUGCAGCCUGGCUUUUGGCACUUAUUUUCCUUUUUGUUUGCUUUAGUGUUACGAGACACUCCAGCUAAAGUGAGAGCUGCACUUGUGCAGCAGUGCAAACACAUUUAUAUGUAUAUAGCCGCUUGAUUAAGGAGAAAGACAAACCAAGUGUGAAGUUCUCAUUGUUUAAGUUAUCCUUGCUAUUUUAAAACAGAAAUUUAAUGAUGUUCAGUAUUUUUGAAAUAUGCAAAUGUAUAAAAUGUCAUGGCCCGGGAAUUGUUUUUUAACUUUUUUUUUCUAACAAAAUAUGAUCAUGUCUAUUUGUGUUUUUUGGCUGUGAUGGAAGGUCAACUUUUUUAGAUAAGGCUUUGUCAAAUGCUUGUAUUUAUCAAUACUGUUUGUUACACAUUUUGCAAUUAUAAAUAAUUUGCAAUUCA